UUUUCGCCCUUGCCGUUCCCUCGCCCCGGUUAUUCCUGUCCCCGCCGUUCCCGGCUCCCGCUCCGCCGGACGGCGCAGCAACAUGUGGCUGCAGGCGAUGCUCUAUCUCGUCCCCCUCCUUCUCCUCGUCUUCUUCCUCCUCUUCUUCAUCCCGGUCCUCUUCUUCCUGUUCCCUCAACUCUCGGGCGGCCCCAACCCCUUCGCCGCCGACAGCCGCCGUCCGCCGGGGCCGCUCGUCACCGACAAGGCUGUGCGGAGGACCGUCGUCAAGACAGUGUUCUCGGCGGACAAGGUGCCCCCCCAGCUCGAUGCCAUCGUGGUGGGCAGCGGUGUGGGGGGCCUGGCGGCAGCCGCGCUCCUGGCCAAGGCCGGCCGGAGGGUGCUGGUGCUGGAGCAGCACGGGAAGCUGGGGGGCUGCUGCCACACCUUCACCGAGAAGGGCUUCGAGUUCGACACCGGUACGAUUUGGGGCCCCAGAAUUCCCCCCCUGGAUCCGAAGGAGGGGGCUGGGACACACUCGGGGUGGGAAUUGCACCCAUCGGGCGUCAGGUCAGGGGGCCCCAGCACCCACCCUGUGUUAGACGAGGCUGCUCUUCAACCCAAAAUUCUCUGGCUGAAAGGCACCAACCCCUGCCCGCCCCCAAUGCCCAGUCCCGUGACUCGGUGCCAGCUCCCAGUUCCCAGUGCCAACCUCCGCCCCUCCCGCGGUCCUCCCGCCCAUCGCCGGUGCCGCUCCCCUUUUCACCGUCUUUUUCGCCCUUGCCGUUCCCUCGCCCCGGUUAUUCCUGUCCCCGCCGUUCCCGGCUCCCGCUCCGCCGGACGGCGCAGCAACAUGUGGCUGCAGGCGAUGCUCUAUCUCGUCCCCCUCCUUCUCCUCGUCUUCCUCCUCCUCUUCUUCAUCCCGGUCCUCUUCUUCCUGUUCCCUCAACUCUCGGGCGGCCCCAACCCCUUCGCCGCCGACAGCCGCCGCCCGCCGGGGCCGCUCGUCACCGACAAGGCUGUGCGGAGGACCGUCGUCAAGACAGUGUUCUCGGCGGACAAGGUGCCCCCCCAGCUCGAUGCCAUCGUGGUGGGCAGCGGUGUGGGGGGCCUGGCGGCAGCCGCGCUCCUGGCCAAGGCCGGCCGGAGGGUGCUGGUGCUGGAGCAGCACGGGAAGCUGGGGGGCUGCUGCCACACCUUCACCGAGAAGGGCUUCGAGUUCGACACCGCUAUUGCAGAGAUCCAGUCCCAGCUCUCCCUGGUGACCCACGGCCAGGGCUGCUUCACCGUCUUCGUCGGCCUCAACGGCUCAAGGGAAGAGUUGGGGUUGGAGCCCACCAACUACUUCAUGUACCCAGGGAGUGACCUAGAUGGAAUCAUGAGGCACUACACGGACUUACCCAGAGAAGAAGCUGCCAAGAACAUGCCUCUCCUCUUUGUCACCUCCCCCUCGUCCAAGGACCCCACCUGGGAAAUGAGGCACCCAGGUAAAUCCACGCUGGCCAUCGUCACCUUCGCCAGAUACGAGUGGUUUGAGGAGUGGAAGGAUGAGCAGGUCAACAAGAGGGGUGAUGACUACGAGGACCUGAAGAAGACCUUUGUGGAUGCUGUCAUGCAGACUGUCUACAAGCUCUACCCCCGCAUUGAGGGCAGGGUGGAGUACCUGUCCGGCGGGACACCCCUCACCAACCAGCACUACAUCGCCAGCCCCCGCGGGGAGCUGUACGGCGCCGACCACGGCAUCCCCCGCCUGCAGGCCGAGGUCAUGGCUGCUGUGAGGGCAGAGACGGCCGUCCCCAACCUCUACCUGACAGGGCAGGAUUUGUGCCUGGGUGGCUUCAUGGGAGCCCUGCAAGGAGCCGUCAUCUGCGCCAGCACCAUCCUCAAGCGCAACCUCUACGCUGACCUGGUGAGACUGAAGAAAAGCUUGCAGGCCACCAACUCCAAGAAGGGAAACUAACACCUGCUGUCCUACCAUCAGGGACCCCCCAUGCCCCACCACAUCACCCCCACCUCCGCAUUCUCUGCUGUCACACACCCGUAGCAGAUCCAUCCCCAUGCAAAGCCAAGGAUUUCAAUCCAGGAAGAUGCCAUUCCCGUUCAUAGCUAGACUGUUUUGCACCUCACCCACCUGAAAAGCGUCUGCUUCCACCACCACGUCCACUGCUUGUCCCUGGCUGUGAAGAGCAUCCCCAAGAGCUGCCCCACGGGGCCAUGGCCAGGAGGGAAGUCAAGGUAACCCCAAAACAGGCAGCACCAGUAACAGCACCGAGCAGCAGCACCCGCAGAGCCGGCAGCACCCAGGGCUGGAUCCCACCAGGGGAGCAUCGGAAGAGCAUCGACCUCCACCUGCAUCCCCCAGCAAACACCCCCCUUCACCUGCAACCCCCAGAGCUAUUUGAGAGCAAUGGCCCUUGUGGGCUGCCUGGUGCUUCCAAAAUCAUUUCUGGGGGCAGCAGGACCCCAGCACCCCGAUAUUCCUGGGGUUUGGGCGCUGCUCUCCCCCCAUCGCCCCGAGGCGUCGGUGGCACAAACAGUACAAAAGUCCUUCUGUCUCCUGGGAAAAGCUUGGGAACAGUGUCAAAGUCCUGUCCGGUUGGGAAGGGAAGCACAAGAGACUGGAAAUAAAUAAAUAAAAGAGUGCUCGUGAGCCUG